AUGGACUCCACCUCAUUUUGCCUCAGGCUCUUCCUCCUCAUCAUCUGCCUGGCCCCUCUACUGUUCUUUCUGGUGGGACAGGGGAGUGAGGGUGGAUGGGGUCCAAACUCUGACAGAAGCCACAACAACAUCACCAUCCUGCUGUGGCACUGGCCCUUUGGCCCCUCCUACAAUUUGGAGAGAGACGUGUGCUGGAACCGGUACCGUAUCCCUGACUGCCGCCUGGUGGACCAGCGCUCUCUCUACCCCAGUGCUGACCUGGUGGUCUUCCACCACAGAGAGCUGAUGAACGGCCAGGAGCGGCUGCCCCUCCACCUCCACCGGCCGAGGCACCAGAAGUGGGUCUGGCUCUCUCUGGAGUCCCCUGACAACAGCAGAUACCUGAAGCCCUUCAAUAACGUGUUCAACUGGACCAUGUCCUACCGCCACGAUGCUGAUAUCACCAUGCCCUAUGGUAAGCUGCUGCCGAAGGACUGUGAUACUGGUAAUGAUAGCAGCACAGAAGACAUCAUUCCCAAAAAUAAGUCCAUUCUGGCCUGCUGGGUUAUUAGUCACUAUGAGCCUCAGCACAGAAGGAGCUUGGUGUACAAGAGCCUGAAAAGAAGCAUCCCAGUGGAGGUGUAUGGUCGCUUGAGAGGGAGGGUUUUGGCCUCCAGCAACCUGCUGCCCACCAUCUCAAGCUGCUACUUCUACCUGUCCUUCGAGAACUCAAUCUCCAAGGAUUACAUCACUGAGAAGCUCUGGCGGAACGCUUACCAGGCAGGGGCAGUGCCUGUGGUUCUGGGUCCACCGCCAGAUGACUACAUAGCCGUGGCUCCGCCAAACUCCUUCAUCCACGUUGAGGACUUUCCAUCCACCAAGGAGCUGGGGAACUAUCUCCGCCAGCUGCAACUGGACAAGGAGAGAUAUGCUGGGUACUUUGCGUGGCGGCAUAGCUAUCAGGUGAAAGUGUAUACAGACUGGAGGGAGAGGCUGUGUAGCAUCUGCCCCCAGUAUCACACCCUGCCUGCUCAGAAGGUUUACCAUGACCUGGAAGCCUGGGUCAGGAAGUGA